UCAGCGCUACUCACACCUCACUGACUCUGCACACACUCGCGUGGGCGGACACACACACUCAUCACACGCCUAGAAACACCAGACAUACACACACUUGCGGAGGCUCAUUUAGCUAAACCUGCGACCAUGCCGUGUGUCAGCUCUGUCCAGAUGGUGAAGAUGCCCUGCAGCUUCGGCUCUGCGGUCGAUAAAAUCCUUAUGGCGGAGCAGAUCCUGUCGGAGUUCAGGCUGAAGAAAGAAGAACUCAAAGAAGUCAUGAAGAGGAUGCAGCGCGAGAUGGACAGAGGGCUGCGUCUGGAGACGCACGAAGAGGCCAGCGUGAAAAUGCUCCCAACUUAUGUCUGCUCCACCCCUGAGGGAUCAGAGGUGGGGGAUUUCCUGGCUCUGGACCUGGGGGGGACCAACUUCCGUGUGAUGCUUGUGAAGGUGGGUGAGGACGAGGAGAGGAGCUGGAAGGUGGAGACCAAGAACCAGAUGUACUCCAUCCCAGAGGAUGCCAUGACGGGCACUGCCCAAAUGCUGUUUGACUACAUAGCAGAGUGCAUGUCCGACUUUUUGGACAAGCAUCACAUCAAGCACAAAAAGCUCCCUCUGGGUUUCACCUUCUCCUUUCCUGUACGACACGAGGACAUUGACAAGGGCAUCCUGCUGAACUGGACCAAAGGCUUCAAGGCCUCUGGGGCAGAGGGCAACAACGUUGUGGGUUUGCUCAGAGACGCUAUCAAGAGACGAGGGGACUUUGAGAUGGACGUGGUUGCCAUGGUGAACGACACAGUAGCCACCAUGAUUUCCUGCUACUACGAGGACCGCAGCUGCGAAGUCGGGAUGAUUGUCGGCACUGGCUGCAACGCGUGUUACAUGGAGGAGAUGAGGACCGUAGAGCUGGUGGAAGGGGAGGAGGGCCGCAUGUGUGUGAACACAGAGUGGGGGGCGUUCGGGAACAACGGGGAGCUGGAGGAGUUCCGACUGGAGUACGACAGAGUGGUGGACGAGUCCUCGAUUAACCCAGGGAAGCAACUCUACGAGAAGCUGAUCAGCGGGAAAUAUAUGGGCGAGCUGGUGAGGCUCGUCCUGAUGAAGCUGGUGAAUGAAGACCUGCUGUUUAACGGAGAAGCCUCUGAGCUGCUGAAGACACGUGGCAGUUUUGAGACGCGCUUCGUCUCACAGAUGGAGAGUGACACUGGGGACAGAAAACAAAUCUACAACAUUCUGUCCUCGCUGGGCGUUCUGCCCUCAGAGAUGGACUGCGACAUCGUGCGUUUGGUCUGCGAGAGUGUGUCCACGCGCUCCGCUCACAUGUGCGGCGCGGGGCUCGCCGGCGUCCUCAACCUUAUGCGGGAGCGACGAAGCCAGGAGGCCCUGAAGAUCACAGUUGGGGUCGACGGGUCCGUCUACAAGCUGCACCCAUGUUUCCGUGACAGGUUCCACAAAAUCGUCAGGGACCUCACACCUCACUGCGAGAUCACCUUCAUCCAGUCGGAGGAGGGGAGUGGCCGCGGAGCCGCCCUCAUUUCAGCGGUGGCCUGCAAGAUGGCCGCCUGCAUGCUGACACAGUAAAAAAAACAAGGGGAGCCAUGUGCGCUGGGACAGCGGUGAAGCAAGCCCGAGAACUCUGACCUGAGAACACUGACGACAUGUCAUCCACAGCCGGCGGCUAUGGCCUCUUUGGGACUCUGAACGGAUGCGGGUCAGCAGACCGGUCCCUCGCAGCUGGAAGAUGUGCAGAGAAGAAAGCAACUGUAUUUUGGUAGCAUUAGACCAACGUGUAGCAAUUUCAGUGUUUCUUUUCUCUUUAAGAGACUCUCUUUAACUGUGCCACUGCCUGAUGCUAGUGUUUGGGUAUGAGCCUAACUGGCCCAUGUCAAAAAUGGCCGAUGAAUUAUUGACUGAUAUAUUAUGAUACCUGUGCAAACAACACAAGGAUUCUCUCUUUUUGUAAAGGCUGCUGUUAACUGUGACCAAAUCAAAAUCAUUGCUUUGCUGUGCAGUGAUUUGGGUUUGUGAGCAAUGAAAUAUUCCUUUGCUAUUGUAUAUUUGAAUGUUUACAUGUUUUGUGUGUUAGGUUGUAGGUUUUCCAUAUGUGCAUGAUGACAUGAUGAUGAAAUGUGCCUUUGAUGUGAAUAAGCUUUACUGUAAAUAAAAUUGCAUAAUUAAACAAAACUAUUAUACUUUAAA